ACACCAUGGAUGGUUUUUUUCAAAGUCUGUAUCCAUGCGGAAGCACUAGAGACACAAAAUAACACCCCAAAUGAACAGAAAAGGGGAUUUUCUUUCUCAUAAUCUGAGCACUGCAACAGGAAAUCAACUUUGGGGACAUUGAGAAUGUAUAUGCUUACAACUGUGAAAUGGUCUAUGGAGAAACCUGCCAGCAAAAAAAAGCGACGAAAAACAGCGAAGAAAUGGCCAAAAACUGCAUACUGCCCCUUUAAAAUCUGACAUGCUACGUGGAAACGAGUUAACAUGCCCGGCGAGUGGAGAGGAACACAUGGCACUCACAAGUUGCACAAUUCAAAAAAUGCUGUUAUGCUGUUUUCUUCACCAAAAUGACCAUGUUUUUACCUCGGCUCUUACGGCACAUUUCUUAUUGUAUCGAUAGCGCUUGUUUUCUACAUCUGAUCUGAAGUGUUCUUGCUCUCCCUGUAAUGCCUUUUCCAUUUCAAACAUGUACAGACUGUUGUCACAUGUCCAGGUUGUUGUCACAUGUCCAGGUUGUUGUCACAUGUUAUAUAUUCAGGUUGUUUUCACAUGUCCAGGUUGUUGUCACAUGUACAGGCUGCUGUCACAUGUCACAUGUCCAGGUUGUUGUCACAUGUGCAGGUUGUUGUCACAUGUCACAUGUACAGGCUGCUGUCACAUGUCCAGGUUGUUGUCACAUGUACAGGUUGUUGUCACAUGUCCAGGUUGUUGUCACAUGUGCAGGUUGUUGUCACAUGUCACAUGUACAGGCUGCUGUCACAUGUCCAGGUUGUUGUCACAUGUACAGGUUGUUGUCACAUGUCCAGGUUGUUGUCACAUGUACAGCCUGUUGUCACAUGUCCAGGUUGUUGUCACAUGUCCAGGUUGUUGUCACAUGUGCAGGUUGUUGUCACAUGUCACAUGUACAGGCUGCUGUCACAUGUCACAUGUCCAGGUUGUUCUCACAUGUACAGGUUGUUGUCACAUGUCCAGGUUGUUGUCACAUGUACAGCCUGUUGUCACAUGUCCAGGUUGUUGUCACAUGUACAGGCUGCUGUCACAUGUCCAGGUUGUUGUCACAUGUCCAGGUUGUUGUCACAUGUACAGCCUGUUGUCACAUGUCCAGGUUGUUGUCACAUGUACAGCUUGUUGUCACAUGUCCAGGUUGUUGUCACAUGUACAGGCUGCUGUCACAUGUCACAUGUCCAGGUUGUUGUCACAUGUCCAGGUUGUUGUCACAUGUACAGCCUGUUGUCACAUGUCCAGGUUGUUGUCACAUGUACAGCCUGUUGUCACAUGUCCAGGUUGUUGUCACAUGUACAGCCUGUUGUCACAUGUCCAGGUUGUUGUCACAUGUACAGCCUGUUGUCACAUGUCCAGGUUGUUGUCACAUGUACAGGCUGCUGUCACAUGUCCAGGUUGUUGUCACAUGUCCAGGUUGUUGUCACAUGUCCAGGUUGUUGUCACACGUCACAUGUCCAGGUUGUUGUCACAUGUCCAGGUUGUUGUCACAUGUCCAGGUUGUUGUCACACGUCACAUGUCCAGGUUGUUGUCACAUGUACAGGCUGCUGUCACAUGUCACAUGUACAGGUUUUUCAUAUUUUAGCCCUUUGGCACUUCCGAUGCCUCACAGAUCUAAAGGCCUUCCUCUCGUUUGGUGUCCAACGAACACACGUGUGAAAGGUUGAGCUCAUGAUGCAUCAGAGCGACAGAAUAGUCCAUUUUGUUACCGAGUCAAACAUCCCAAAUGUCAGUGUGUGGCUGGCUGUGUGUGUGAGUUAAGGUGCAGGUAUGAACGAUGCAGGCCUGGUUUCUCUGUUCUCUGUGUACUUGAUGUAAAGAGAAUCUGAAUCAGACUGAAGUGCCUCCUUGUUCGCAUGAUUUACCGGAACAGACCCCGGACUGACCCUCUCUGUUUUGUUUACACACACACACACACACACACACACAAUACAUA